UCUCUGUUAGUCGAUAACAUCUCAAACAUUGCAGCAAACUCAGGAAUGUCCCUUUAAAACAUAUUACUGGGUUUUAAACGCAUACCAGUUCAAAAAACAUUUCCAUCAGUUGUCUUCAUACCUGCAUUGUAAACUAAGAUUCAGCCUUUGCCAUUUGAUGAUAAUUUGUAAAGAAUAUUUUCUAUUUACACUGAAUUUUGUUUUGUUUUUGUUGUGGGUUUUUUCUUUAAAAAGACGUUUUAUUUCAGUUGGUAUUGAUUUAAAACUUUAUAAUAUAUUUUUGUAUGAAUGUUUAUAUUACUCAUUACAGUUAUAUGCCAAUUCAUCAGUUCCCUUUUCACGUAAACGGACUAUAGUGUGAAACUGUUGUGCGCCAGCACGUUUACUGUGAAACUGUCAUGUGCCAGCAUACUGUGAAAUUUUAAUAUGCUUUUAUAUGUAAAGGAAACCCGGUGUGCAAGAAUUUACUAUGGCAGAAAUUAAAUUAUUCCUUACAGACUUACACAUGUCUCUAAACAUAUUAACUGUCCUUAGGGGAAAUUAUAUUGCCUGUCGCUUUUCUUGUAAAACGUGUGAUUUAUGACAAGACAUGUCUUUCAACAACAUAUAUGUGUGAGUACACGGUGCACGAAUAGCGUCUGCCUUAGGCAGUGACAAUAAAAUUAUAUAAAACACAUUUCUUGCCUUACUGUUGUUUUUACACAUGGAGUAUAAAGACUACAAAGCACGGGCCAAAAUAAAUUGCACAAGACCAAUACAGAUAUGGAAAUUAUUGUUCGUAUUAGUGAGUUUGCAAUAAGUUUGAUAUAUUAAUCAAGACAUGCUAUAUAUUAUACUUUUGUUUCCAGGAACAAGCGUAGUAGCUUUGGGUUGUUUGAUACAAAGAUGCCAUGACUGUCAAAUUCCAACAUGACGAAUCAAGAAUGUUGCUACUUUGUGUCGGCUCGGGUUCGGCCGCACACGAAGAGGAUUAAGUAAGUAAGUCGGCUCGGGUUUAUCAAAAGGUUGUGUCACUGGAUAUGAAAGAGAGGAACACCCAGGAUCAUCGGUGUUUUCAACAAAGUUCCUUUGAGCUACUUUGCGUUUCAUUUUUCAAUACAAGUGUUUAACAGCUCUAAAAAACCAACAUAUGUAUCGACGGUGCAACUUCGUCAGAUUCAGGUCGGGUAUCAAGAGUAAAACUGGUGAUCUAUGAUUUCAGUGAUUAUUCUCGGCGCGGAUGGAUAAUUCAUUUGGUAUUUUACUUGUUCUCUGCGUCACCUACUUCACAACGAAAACGUUUGCUGUUUUCAAUGGUACAACGGUAGAUGUCGGAGAAAUGCCCCAACACUGGAAAGGAUUUUGUGAGACAUUAACUACUGACAACUUGUACAAAAUCCACUGCAGGGUCAGGAAUGGAAGUUUCUGGAAUUUCGUUGACUAUCGAAAUUAGGCUUCCACUUUUUCAAAUCACUCGGAAGUUGAACUCGCGGUGAGAUGUGAACGAGAUGCGGUAAUCUCCCUUCCGUGGCCAUACCGAGCUUGGCAUUUGCAAACGUUGUCCGUUCACGGAUGCACCAUAAAGGAUUUCCGAUCCGAAGCGAAUAGACUGGGUAUAUUUAAUAUCUCCAACAGACUACGAAUUGUGGAAAUAUCUAAUUGCUUAAUUGAAAUUAAACUAAGCAGUUAUUUAUCGUUGGGAUUAAAACAGUUUCCACCAGAGUAUGAAUGUGGACCUGUCAAUGUUGAGAAAUAUGUUUUCAGAAGUGUAACUUUCACUGUUAAAGUAUCAAAAGGAUUUACAGGAAAUAAAUCUUCACAUUUUAACAUCACUGACAAACUGUCUCAGAGAAUUUCAAGUAUCGUCCAUCAUAAACACAUUUGUGAGAUGAACAAUCUGAUACUGAUGGACUUCAGUCAGCAGCGUAAUCUUUCCCCCUUCAAUUUUGAAAAUAGUUUCAUAAAUUCCAAGUAUCCCAAAUUAGAAAUUCUGAAUUUGUCGUAUUUCGGCAGGCGUGACAUUCCUCCUGAUUUAACAAUAUGGCGGCGUAGACUGGUUCAGCUACGUAUGCUUGAUCUAUCUUUCAACAACAUUACGCAGUUUAACUUGAGAGGAAUGAGUACCAGUCGCUCGUCAUCUGGUCUGAGUAAUCUGACUCAUAACAACAUUCAGACAGUUUCUGAAAAAGAAAUUGGGUCUUUUCUCCGUGUGAAGAAUGUUCUGAUAGACAUUCGUUACAAUCCUUUUCGCUGCAAUUGCAGUCUGCUCAACUUUACUACAUUUUUACACAAAUACAAAACACCAGAAGCUGCAAAUUUAGACAUGAACUACAUAUAUCUGUGGAAAUUAACUGAAGACUUGUGCAGUCAGGUCAUUUCGUUCUACACGGUAAUCAUAUUGGUUCUUUCUGCUACUGUUGUUCUGCUUUUGGCUUUCAUAUUUUGUAUCACUCGUUACCGCGAAGAGAUCAGAAUCCUCGCAUUCACGCGUCUUGACAUCCUCCUGCCCUGUCACAUGGGCGAAACUAACAAAGAAUGCAAACAGUUUGAUGCUUUCGUGGCGUACAGUUACUUGGAUACGGAAUGGGUUGUCCAAACUCUCCUCCCAUGGUUAGAGAGCCCGUCUUCCGGUCCACACUUCCGCCUCUGCUUACAUCAGCGGGAUUUCGCGGUGGGUGCCGCCAUUGCUGACAAUAUCAUCGAAAGCAUUGAGUCCAGCAGACAUACGGUAAUGGUGCUGUCAAGGAAUUUCCUGGAAAGCGAGUGGUGCAUGAUGGAAUUUCGAACAGCAUUUCACCAGAGUCUGCUGCAAAAGAGUAAUCACUUGAUACCGGUGAUGCUGGAUAGUGUUCCAGUCGAGGAAAUGGGCACCGACUUGCGUAGAUGUCUUAAGACUGUGACAUACAUCAAAGUGAAGGACAGGAUGUUUUGGGACAGACUUGUUUACGCUCUGACAGACAAAAUUAAAGGUCAAUGGAAAACUGCUAUGUCAAAUGGUUGUCAGACUGUCGUAUGAAUAGGGGUUUCUCAAAUCCCAAUAAGACACCGAGGUUAAAUGAAUACACCUAAAACAUGCAGCUAUUUCCUGAUCCGAUAUGUAAAAUUGCGUAUUUGUAUUUGACAAUACAGAUGAAUGGACUAGUGAUGUACGCAGGUCUAAAGCUAUGUCUAUCAAGAAUGCAUUUUGGUAAGUACAUGUAGUUGUAUGUGUAAGUAAAUGAAAAA